UACGACCCAGCGCGCCCACAGCCUCUGCCGCCUGGACGGUCCUCCCCGGCCCAGGUCCCAGGCCACGCCCGGGACGCAGACCUCGAAGUCCGGUGUCCGCGAUGGGCAUGUUCAAAGUCGUCCUGCUGCUUGGUUUCUUUGGUCUAGCGACAGCUGGGCCAAUCCAUAAUGGCACAGCUAACCUACAGAGACUGAAGCGGGAUCCACCAAACUGUCCAGCAGGCUCCUACCUGUCAGAGAGGACUGGAGUUUGUGAGCUCUGCCAGGAGGGUGUCGACUUCACCAGCUCCCCCAACAAACUGCCUUCGUGUGAACGCUGCAGAGUCUGUAAGGAAGAUGAAGAUGAAAAAAGCAGAUGCACCUCAACCAGGAACACGGAGUGUCAGUGCAAAUCAGGCAGUUUUAAAGAUGACAACUUAACUGAGUACUGCAAGAAAUGCUCUCUGUGCACUGAUGGGAAAGAGGAAGUGACUCCCUGUACCCCAAAGACAGACCGGAAGUGUGUACCCCAAAAUGCUGGGACAAGUCAUCUCGUGAGCAUAGUAGUGCCGCUGGCCCUGCUGGCCCUGCUGGUCCUGCUGAUUUUAGCUUAUGUUGUUUGGCGGAAGACUCAACUACGGAGUAUAAUAUUGCGGCAUAUAAAAAGAGCCUGCCCAUGCCGCAAACAGGGCUUGGAAAGUGCGGACACGAGUUUGAAUCUCAUGGGAAAUGACUCUCACUGUAACAAGGAACCUGAGGAAGCUGAGAAUUCUCCAACAGGAAGGAAACUGCUGGUUCCUGCGAAUGGAUGCGACCCAAUUGACGCCCUGCAGAGGAUCUUCAAUUACUGUACAGAUGUUGUACCCUUUAACUCCUGGGACCGCCUCAUGAGGGAGAUGGGCCUCAAAGACAAUGAGAUUAAAGUGAUCAGAGCUGAAACACAGCCCCAAAGUGAUGCCUUGUACCAAAUGCUGCAGAAGUGGCUCAACCAAAGAGGGCGAGGUGCCUCUAUCAACCAUCUGCUGGAUGCCUUGGAAGCUGUGGGAGAAAGAUGCGCCCGGGACAAAAUUAAAGAGCAUGCAGUGAAAUCAGGGAAGUUCACUUAUCAACAGUCUACAGAUGAGCCAGGUGUGGCUGACUCAUUCCUGUGAUCGCAGCACUCACGAGACAGAGACAGGAGGAUCUCUAUGAGUCUGAAGCCAGCCUGGUCUACAUAAUGAAGUCAGGAUAGCUAAGGCUAUGUAGGGAGACCCAGACUUCAGAAUGUUCAUUUCACAUGUCUACCAAGACCCCUUGUCCAGAGACAAACUCUGCCUCCUCCACCCCAACCCCUCUCUGUCAAAGAGGGAAGAACAAAACAGCCCGAGUGUAGAAACUUGUAUUCUUGACCUUGUCCAACCAAGGACACCGCUGUUGGUUAGACUGCUGUUCAAGCACACAACUGCACAGCCCUCCCUGGCUCUAGCCUGCUAGUGAGCACCUGCAGACGGGCUGUGUUGAAUCUACAAACCUGUAAAUUGUGAUUUCUCACUUAGUGAGUUUGGUGCUUUGCACACAUAGGGAACAUAAAAAGCACUACCUAGCGUGACACGUCCACCCUGACCCCCCAUUUCUUGUUAACUGCUGGAGAACCAGUGGCUUCCUGCCUCCAAGGACCUCUGAAAUCUCUAAGAGGCAACUGGAUUCUUAGAGAUUCUCGACCUUGAUUCUCCCUGGGUUCCAGUUCUCCUUAACACUUGAUCAGUCUGGGUGUGUAUAACUGGAUCCUUUAAGCUGUAUAACUUUAUAAUGUUUACAUAUAAUUUAACAGUUUAUUUAUAGUUAUAGAUAAUUGUAUAGUGAAUAGUAUAAUUAUGUCAUAAUUAUAUAAGUUAUAUUAGUAAUAGUUUAUAUGAUAACUAUGUUUCUGUUUGUUUUUGUCUUAUGGUUCUCUUUACUGGACGCAGGUCCUACUUCAUGCUGAGCAAAUAUUUUGCAGUUGGUUAGCCUCUAAGUUUAACAACUCUUUAGGUAGAAGAAUAUUUACGUGUUUACAGUUAGGUGUUUCCAGGCAAGCAGAGACUUGAGAACUCUAUCCAUGUGAUGUGGUGGGAGGCUGGUCCAUGAUCUGGCAUGUGUGAUGGUUAAUCUUGAUUAGGUUGAGAGGUGCUAGACCAGUGUGAUGGUUUGAAUAGGUACGGUGCCAUAGAUUCAUGUGUUUGAAUACUUGGCCUUUAGGGAGUCGCACUGUUAAGGGGUGUGUCCCUGUGGGGGAGGGCUUUCCCAUGUACCACAGAGUCCCCUUUGGUGGCUGCCUGUGGAUCAAGAUGUAGAACUCUCAGUGCUUUCUCCAGCACCAUGUCUGCCUGGAUGCUGCCAUGCUUCCCACCAUGUUAAUGGACUAAGCCUGUUAAACUGUAAGCCAGCCCCAGUUAAAUGCACUUCUGUGUAAGAGUUGCCAUGGUCAUGGUGUCUCAUCAGAGCAAUAAAACCCUAACUGAGAAAGCCAGGAAGAGGCUAGAAGAUAAAGGUGUUGCCACCAAGCCCGGUGACCGAAAUUCAGUCUCCAGAAACCACAUGAAGGAAGCUGAAAACAGACUCCUAUAGGUUGUCUUCUGGCCUCUUUAUAUGUGAUGAGGUUCAUGGGCAUCUGUGUCUGCACGCGUGUACACACACAUAAAUGUAAUUUUAAAAAUCCAAAUUGAGAAGUGUCUAGGAGAUUGUACAGCAUACUUUUGGGUGUGUCUGGGGCAUUUCCAGAGAGGGUCAACAUGAAGAACAGCAACUGUGAUGGGAAGACUUGGCUUAGAUUGAGUUACUCUCCAGUAGGCUGGGGGCAGGCAUGGAGGAUGAGGAAGGAGGAGGCAGGCAGCCAGUGCUUGCGAGCUCCAUUCUUCACCAAUGAAUUUGUUUGUUGCUGCUGCCAUCACCAGUGGACAUCCUUCUCCGGCCUCCUCAGCUGUCUUACAUGGACUCAACCUUAGCUACUCUCCUGGGGAAUCUCAGACCAUCAGCCUUGGUUUGGGAUGUACUUGUAGGCAGACAAGCCAGUUUCCUGAGUCCCCCUUUACAAUUUUAUACUAUUGGUUUCUAUUUGGACUUCUCACCUAUGGCCAGGGUGAGGAGAUGGGAGGAAGGUUAGGGUAGAGGUGCCAAAUGAGCUCAUGUACAUUUAAAAGUAGUGGUGACCGAGUCCUGUUUGGGAUCAAGGGAGGAGGGGACAGAGACUCUCAAGCAUGGUACAUACGAAUGUGAAAUACUAGCCAACUCAUGACUUCUCGGUUGUAGUGAAUCUAGGCCUGGACCACGUUUGGGGUACAGAAAUUCAUUCUUGAGGACCAUGUCCUUUGUAAGCAUCUGGCCAUUGUACACAGACUAAAUGCUGAAACUCACAAUUGUCCUACCUUGGCUUCCUUAGAACUGGAAUUUAUAGGUUUGCUUCCCCCAAAUCUAGAAAACUUUUUAAAACACUGUGAUAGGGAUUUCUGAAGAGCUGGCACAUACAGAUUUUUGUCUGGAUUCCUAUUGGUUUUUUUAUUUGUUUGUUUUUAAAAACUGAUUUGUUUUUGAGACAGUCUCAGUAUGUGGCCUUAGUCCACCUUGAACUAUGUAGACCAGGAUGAUCUCCAAUUCAGAGAUCUACCUGCAUCUGCCUUCCAAGUUCUGGGAUUAAAAGGGUUUGCCACCAUA